CCGGAUCCUUUGGGCUCAAAGAUUCCAGCACAAUGUAGCAGAGCGCUCUCUCAAAAAGUGCUCCAGAUUCGCGCAAAAAGUCCGUACACAAUUUCGCGCAAACUCACAUGUGCGCAAACUCACAUGUGGUUGCAGGUUCUGUUGAGCUCCUGCUUGUUUCUGGAAUGUUUCAGUUUGAAGACCCGCGAGCUUGCAGACUCUUGUGCAGCUUUGAAGAACCGACAGUCCUAUUCCGCUGUGAGCAUCGGUGUUGGCACGCCGCCCCAGCAUUUUGACUUGGUGGCUGAUACUGGAAGCAGCGCAGUGAUUGUCACGCACUGCGCCUGUCAAGAAGCCAGCUGCUACGGCUACAGCUCAUCUUGUUUCACGGGCACCAACCGCUCUGAGACCUUCGUUCUCCCCAAAGACUCUGAAGGAGACCCUCACUUGCUGGCGAUGGAGUUUGGCAGUGGAGUGAUUUAUGGGGUCCUGGCCACGGAUGUGGUCUCUUUGGGCCCUGUGAAGGCCAGGAUGAACGAAUCCCUGGUAUUGAUGUACGAUCAUCAGCUGGAUUCUGGCAUCACUGAUUUCGAGGGCAUUUUCGGGCUUGGCCUUCCCUACGGCGAGGCUUCUGCACAGUCCUGGCUCAGGCAAGCGGCAGUUCAAAGUUUCUCUAUGUGCUUCUCCAACUUCGAGGAGGACGGUGUUCUGCGGCUUUUGCGCGGUGCCAAGCACGAGCCGAUGGAGGAGGCCUUGCAGAUGAGGAAUGUUGGGAAAUACCACUGGGCUUUGAACUUCCACGGCAUUUCCCUGGGCAACGCGACAACUCCCGUGCUUUUCUGUGGAGGUGCCAGCAGCUGUGGUUUGAUCCCUGACUCCGGUACUACCCUGAUCUUGGGCCCUCCAGACCACCUCUUGGAGCUCUUUGCGUCCCUUUGCGACCGCUGGCCCCGCUGCGCGGCCGCGGCCGAGCGUGCGGCCAACGCCAGCUCAGCACAGUCAAUCGGCAUCAGUGACUGGAUCAAGCAUGCGUUUGAGAGAUGGGGAUUGCCUCCCAUCCGCUCACCUUUUGCACCAAGUCCGGCCACGGAGAGAAAGAUGGCCAAGCGCGAGGCCUUCGAAUCCUUGCUCUCCACCUGCAGUGCUUGGGCCAACUCUGCGGAAGACUUGGACGCUGAGCUGCCGGAGCUCCUGUGGCACGUCAGCGGCGCCGGGGAUUCUCGCGGUGAUGCGAAUUCUGGGAAUUCGCAGGUCCUGCGGAUGCCUGGAAGUGCCUAUGUGGUGGCUGUCGGCUAUGAGGGGAGGAUGGGUUGCGUGGCGUUCUUCGGGGAGAUCGACUUGGUCACCCCGUCGGGGCCUGUGUGGAUUCUGGGGAGCGCCAUCUUCUAUGAGUACGUGGUCAAGUACGAGUCUUGGAGUUCGGAACCUCUGAAACUCCAUAGGUUCCAUAGGUGGAACGUCACUCCCCCGGCUCUGCCGACUUCCCACCUUCAGAGGCCUCCAGAGGCCUUGAAACUGCAGUGGGCAUUUUCCUCUACUUGACCAGUGUUUCCAGGUUUUGUUCGUUUGCGAGGGUGUAGGUGGUUGCCGUGGCCAGUCCCCAAACCUACUUGUACUGAGCCACGUGCAGGCCAGCCACUUGGGUGGUGAAACCAAGUAUACUCCUGUGCGCUACAAGAUGCAAGCAAAAGUUGAAUGUUGCGAGGCAGCACACUGUCUGAGGACCUCUCACCAGACGCAGCCAUCUCCUUCAGCAAGGGCCCCUGCAGCUCCUGCUCAACAGACACGGCCCUGGCCCUUGCUCGGCGAAAGUCAAGACAGUCUCGGCCUAUCCGACGGCAGGAGUCUCCUGUGCGCAUGCCUCGCUUCAAUCAUAGCAGGCUUUUGUGAGCGAGCCCCACGAUGUGCGCGAUACCAGACCAUCAGCGAAGAUGGAA